AUGAGAAUAAAUGAUUCCCUAGCAGACGAAGAACAGUUCCUUCAUGGCUAUACAUUUCCACAGUGGGUUCUUGCCUUGGGAGAUGGCUGCCUCAAAACAAGAUCUUUCCGGCAAGACACCCCAGCAGACUGGAUGCAAAUCCCGCAGGUUUUUUUAGUGGAUCAUGGCGGUGAUCCUAUUGAAUCUCUUGCAACAGACAUCUAUGAUUCGUUUGCAGAAAAUUACAAAAAUCCAUUGUAUCUUGCAAAUAGAGCAGUUGUGACUCCGACGAAUGCAACUGUCUCUGAAUUCAACAAAUACAUGUUGGAGCAGGUUCCAGACCCAGGAAAAACAUACUACAGUUCAGAUUCACUACUGCAAACAACAGAGACAGUCGACUCAUUCGAAGAGUGCUACCCGACAGAAUUUCUCAAUUCUUUGACAUUCAAUGGGAUCCCAGAUCACGAACUUACCUUAAAGAUCCAUACUCCUGUUAUGUUGCUUCGUAACAUCAGUCUAGGUCUUGGUCUAUGCAACGGGACACGAGUUAUGAUCACAUCGCUGGGCAAUGAUAUCAUCAAGGGAACUAUCAUGGGUGGUUUUGGUGAUACCGACGAAGUUAUCAUUCCAAGAAUUGUACUGAAUGUGGAGAACCCCAAGUGGCCAUUCACUCUUAAACGUCGGCAAUUUCCAAUUUGA